AUGACCAUGAAAAGAUUGGUCAGGGAGAUCGUCGAGGAUUCUCAGUUAAUAUCCCAGCAACAAAAAAAAUGCUUUGACUUCAAUUACCUGUGCGAUCGGUGCAAGCUGCCUGAAGAAAGCGUCUCCGUGCUCAUCAAGUACAUGGCAUUGGCAAAGAAGCAGUAUGAUGGACUGAAGGGGAUGGUUAUACACAUCCACGAGAAAAUUGCGGAGAAUAUGAAACGCUUGGCCGAGGAGGCGGUCGAGAAUUCGAAGAUGAUCUCGGAGCAAAACGUCUAUGCCGAUGGUCUCUCGAUCAGCGACACUUUGAGAGAAAAAGCGAACGCUUUCGAGAGACACUUUGAGGAAUACCUGCCUCUCGCCAGAAUCUACAACGAAAAGUUGACCGACCUCGCCGAUGAAAAUCAAGCGUUGAUCCGCCAAUUCAAAAAGGGUCUUGCCAUUGCUGAGAGCCCGGAAAAGAACGAAGAGGCGGAAGUGUCUACCCGC